UCGAACAUUGUCGAUUUACAUAAGAGGCGCUCUAUAUUGGCUGUUGUCAUCAAUUGUGCGAAUUUUGGUGGUUUUCUUGUUGCCGAUUUCAGUAGCUCAAAUGGCUGUUAAAGUUAACUCAUCAAGUGGACUAUAUGAUGCUUUAAGAUCAAAUGAGGAAAAUCAAGUAGUAAAAGCUAAAAGAGGAAAGACUCGAGGUGCAAAGUGGAAGAAAAAGAGGGACAUAGAAAAAAUAAGAGUGCCAAUAGUGAUACCCCCAUGCUUGCGGCGAGUUGUAGGACCAAAUGCGCAACAUUUCAUUACCGAGACAAGUUAUAUUGUGAAGCAAUAUUGCCCGCUUAAUGUUCCGAAUUGGGCUGCAAUAAGCGAGGAUAAGAAGAAAAAACUCAUGGAUGCCGUUAAGGGAAUGUUUAUCUUCCCAAAAGGUGCUUAUGUUGACCAUGAUGUCCAGAGUGUACUCAUGAGAAGCUUGAGAACAUGGCGAUAUAAUUUAAAAAAAAAUUACUAUCGGAAGUAUAAGAAUGACAAAGAAAGACUAAGUCACUGUCCUUCUGAAGUUGACCCAAAUGAAUUGAAGUGGCUAGUGGAGCAUUGGGGAACUCAAAAGUUUCAGAAUUUAAGCGAGACACAUAUGGCAAAUAGGGAAAACAAGAAGAUGUUAGCAUGUGUAGGAACAAAGUCUAUUCCAAGAAUCGCACAUGAAAUGCAAAGCAUUCCACCUCCAGAUGAAAAUGAUGAACUAAUCCUACCAGAAUAUGUGAGACUUUUUGAGAAACAAAAAAAGAAAAAGAGUGGUAAUUGGGUAGAUGAUGAGGCUAAAGAAGCAUAUACAAAGCUCUUGGAUUUACAUAACGAACAACUAGAAAAACAUUGUGUAGAUAACCUUUCAACACCAGAGGCUUACACAAUCGUUUUAGGUCAUAAAUCAGGGUAUCAAAGAGGGAUGGGCCAAGGACCUCCACCUUUUAGAGGUGUAAAUGCUGGUGGGAAAUAUCAGUGCAGUGACAUUGUCGAUGAAAAUGCUAUAAAUUCUCUAAUUGAGGCUCAAGUUGAACAAAAAAUUGCCGAGUUUUCAGCUAAAAAAGAAGUUGAGUUCGAUAAAAGGUUACGAGCUGAAUUAGAUGCAUACUCUAAAGAAAAAAAAGUGGAAUUUCGGAAGAAAAUUCAAGAGGAGUUAGAAAGUAAGUUGCGUAAUAAGCUGCAACAAGAUAUGCAAAAGCAAAUGCGCUAAAUGUUUGAAAAAGAGUUUUUCAACAGGAUACCUCCUCAAACUGUUGAUUCACAUCCACCUUCAGUACUUGCUGAGAAUAUAUUGAAUAAGGGAUCCAAUCUAACACAAAACAAUGUUCCUACAUACUAUUGUAAAAGUUGUGCGAUUUCAGUCAAGGAUGUAGCAGCUUAUAUGGCCCACAUUCGGGGAGACCAACAUCGAAGGCUUGUAAUUGGAAGUUCAAAUACUAAAGAAGCAGCUACAAAACGAUUAUUCCACCAAAUGAAAGGUUGUUAAUCCUUUCACAUAUUAUAUUUUUUAUUUAUUUUGACAUUAUUGUAAAUGUCCUUUUUUUAAUAUUUACUAUUAAAUAUAGUUAUUGCCAACUUUUAAUAUAUUUUUUAUAGAAAAAUCAAAUUAGAAAGAUGAAGUGCUCCAUCUCUUAUCAGUUCUAGAUUAAUAUUGAAUUUUAUUAACAGGUGAGUUAAUUUUUGUACUUUUUAUCUUCCAAUU